ACGAUACCAACAAGUAUCAACGAUAACGAAACAAGAUGACGUGUGCUUUGCCGUAAGUGAAAGUAACUCAUUAGUGGUAGGAGUCUUAUACGAAGGUCUUGAGUACCGGUCGUGUAUUGUGUUGCGCACAGUCUCGGGCUCGUCGUGGUUUCGUGCGCUCGGUUCUACGUUAAAGUGCGGCUUCGUUUACGAUGUGUGGAAUUUUCGCAUAUAUUAACCAUUUGACGCCCAAGACCCGGCGAGAAAUCUUGGAAUUACUUGUGAAUGGAUUGAAACGGUUGGAAUACCGUGGAUAUGACUCCGCAGGCGUCGCUAUCGAUGCUGCUGACCAAAAAGAUAUCGCUGUGGUGAAAAAAAGCGGUAAAGUCGCCGCGCUCGAGGAGCUCCUGCAGGAACAAAGUGGCGAUUUAGCCGUCGACGAUUCCGUGGAGUCGCACUGCGGUAUCGCUCACACCCGCUGGGCAACGCACGGGGAGCCCAGCGCCAUCAACUCGCACCCGCAGCGCUCGGGGGAGGACAACUCAUUUGUCGUCAUACAUAAUGGAAUCAUCACCAAUUAUAAGGAAGUCAAGACUUUCCUUGAGAACAAGGGCUACAUUUUUGAGUCCCAGACUGACACAGAGGCUAUUGCCAAGUUAGUUGACCACAUAUAUGCCCAACACAAGGACUACAGUUUCCAGGAAUUGGUGGAGCAGGUAAUUCAACAACUGGAAGGAGCGUUUGCUUUGUGUUUCAAGUCUCGUUUCUUCCCUAAUGAAUGUGUGGCCACCAGGCGUGGUAGUCCUUUGCUGGUAGGCAUUAAGACAAGAAGGCGUCUUUCGAGUGAUCAUGUUCCUAUCAUGUACACUAACAACAAGGCUACCAGGGGAGUUGUGCCCUCCGUGCCGCGUGUCAACAGUCAUGCUCACUUUGAGCCUGAAGAAGAAAGGGACGUUGAAUACUUCUUCGCAUCAGAUGCUUCUGCUGUUAUUGAGCACACCAACAAAGUGCUCUAUUUUGAAGAUGAUGAUGUAGCACACAUCAAAGAUGGAGUUCUCAGCAUUCACCGCAUGUCAGGCAGCAGUACUGAUCCUCAUCAGAGAGAAAUCUUCACACUAAAACUGGAGCUGCAGCAGAUCAUGAAGGGCAACUAUGAUUACUUCAUGCAGAAAGAAAUCUUUGAACAAUCUGAGUCUAUUGUAAACACAAUGAGAGGUCGUCUCAAUUUUGCAAACGGUACAGUUACUCUGGGCGGUAUUAAAGAUUACAUACCAGAAAUUAAACGAUGCAGGCGAUUGAUGCUGAUUGGAUGUGGUACAAGUUACCACAGUGCUGUAGCUACACGCCAGCUGCUUGAAGAGCUAACAGAGCUCCCUGUGAUGGUGGAAUUGGCUUCAGACUUCUUGGAUAGAAACACACCUGUGUUCCGUGAUGAUGUAUGCUUCUUUAUUUCUCAAUCAGGAGAGACUGCAGAUACUCUAAUGGCCCUUCGCUACUGUAAACGCCAUGGUGCAUUGAUUGUUGGUAUCACCAACACUGUUGGUAGUUCCAUUUGUCGUGAAUCACACUGCGGUGUGCAUAUCAAUGCUGGACCUGAGAUUGGUGUCGCCUCCACUAAGGCAUACACAUCACAGUUUGUAUCUCUUGUUAUGUUUGCAUUGGUGAUCAGUGAAGAUCGUAUUUCCUUGCAAAAACGUAGAGCCGAUAUUAUUGAAGGGCUUCACGAGUUGGAUGUUAAAAUUCGUCAAGUGUUGGCGUUAGACGACAAGGUAAAAGCUCUGGCGGAGGAUCUGUACCAACAGCGCUCGCUGUUGAUCAUGGGUCGCGGGUACAACUUUUCUACGUGCUUGGAAGGAGCUCUGAAGGUGAAGGAGUUGACAUACAUGCACAGCGAAGGUAUUAUGGCUGGAGAGUUGAAGCACGGCCCUCUCGCCCUCAUUGAUGACUCCAUGCCGGUAAUGAUGAUAGUGAUGCGUGACCCUGUUUACGUAAAGUGCAUGAAUGCACUCCAGCAGGUGAACGCGCGCCAAGGCCGACCAAUCGUGGUCUGCGAGGAAGGCGACACGGAGACCAUGUCUCUAGCGUCUCGCGUCUUGGAAGUUCCAAAAACUGUCGAUUGCUUACAAGGAGUCCUCACAGUCAUCCCAAUGCAGCUGUUAGCGUAUCACAUUGCUGUCUUGCGCGGUUGCAAUGUUGAUUGUCCAAGAAAUCUCGCUAAAUCUGUUACUGUUGAAUAAGUGUUUCUAUAGUUACUGUAUAAUAUUUUACUGUCGAUCUCUAAGAAUGAACGCGUACCGGACGCCUUUUUUUGCUUCGCAUAUUAUGUUUUCUAAAUAAGUAAAUUUAAGGAUGAAAGCACUCAAAAAAACUAAGAAGUUUUUUUUUCAAAGCAUUUGCAAUGACUUGGAUUGCCAAAUAUUCCUUGUCGAUAAUAAUUAAUAUGUUAGCUUUUAUCGCACAACAGAAUAUGUACUUAUAUGUUUUAUGUAAAACAUGAGGAAAAAAAGGCCAUUUUUAUAAUACAUUCCAAUUUCCAACAAUAUUGAAUUUAUGAAUUCUUUAUUACUGUACAUUUUUAAACUGAUACCUUGCACCUUCAAAUUUUAAACAAAAUUGAAGGCUAAAUGAAAUUCAAAAGAAUACAAUGACACAAUUUUUCAAUUCAACAUUCCAAUGUAAGUUUUAGCUCUCGAAUUACAAUAUUUUUGAUUAACAGGUAUUAAAUAUAUCAAGGCCGCACCUUUCGCUUCUCAUUUGUAACAAAUCAGUGUGUAAUAGAAGUGUAAUUAGAAACUAUUGCACAUGCCAUUCUUUUGCGCCUUUACGAUCUUAAUAAGUAGUUCAAAUUUUGUUUUACAUGAAGGUGACUUUACCAUAUUCAUUUUUAAAGUAAUUACUCUUAUAUUUUAAUUUACUUACAUAACUAGAUAAGGUAGAUUAUCGUGUAAAACAAAGUUUUAAACUAGGCGAUAACAAAAGUCGUUUUUUAAAUGGAUAGUAAAUAUCAAUAUUGUUACUUAAAUUGUAUGAUACAAUGACCAACAGAUGUAUGUGAAUAAGACUUGUAUAUAUUUUAUAAAAAAUUUAGAUUACCUAUAAUUAUUGUCCACAUAUUACGUACGUAGGUACCACUUACUUUAUUUUCGCAUUAAUUUAAUAUUUAUGAUCUGAUUCAGUUCAUAAAUACGAGUACAAUAAUGUUAUCUAUCAAAUUCAUAAGAAUCGAUUAGGUACGUUUUUUUAUUGUUAAAUUACAUUAGUACUUAGAAAUGUUUUUAUUUUCAGACGGAAAUAGACAUUAUUACUUCCAAUCUGUUUAUCUAUAAACAAGGAAAUGUAUUUGAUAAGUGCCACUUGGUUCAUAUUGAUAAAACUUUGAUUUUCCUUUUAAAAAACAUUUAAUUAUGUACUCCUAUGUAAUUAUGUUAUCUACUUAUUACAUACAUUCAUAGAUUAAUUAAUCAAAUACAUUUUUCACCACAGUCUCGUUGCUAGCGAAUAAUAAAUAAUAAUUUAACCAUUUAUCCAUUAGUGAAAUGAUUGAUUUUGUAUUUAUAUAACAUUUUAUUAAAUUAUAUACAUUUUGCAAUCGGUUUAAAAUAAGCGUUUCGCUAGUCAAAAGAAUAUUACAAUUUAAUCGUAAGAUUGAAGAGUAAAAUGAGUUCUUUCAGAACUAUAAUUAUUAGGUAGGUGGAGUUAGUAAGAAGACGAAAUUAUUUCGAGUUCUAGAUUGUCGACCCAAUCUCUUCCACGUAUUUCUUCCCUGAAUGUUAACUGUAUUUUCCGCGAUCCUACAUUUUAUGAAGACCACUUUUCUAAUGGGAUAUAAAGAUAGUAUAAACUUGAACUAUCGAUAUAGAGUUCAAUAUAUUACAAUUGACUGUAACGUUUACGUGGAUCAACAUAUUAUUUACCUGUUACAUAUACAAUAGGUACAUCUACCUACCUAUCUAUGCGAUUUGUAAAAAACAAAACUGUUAAAAUUUUUAUAUGUACAAAGUAGGGUUUACUAUGUAUGUAAAAGCUGUCUAUAUAAUUAUUUACUUUUUUCUUAUACCUAUUAUGUUUUCAAAUUGUAAAUUUUAUUUUAAUUAUAUAUUUGUAAUGUAACGUAUACAAUUUUUUGUGAUAAAAUGUAACAAUAUUAAAUUGUUUACGCACACAUCCGUGUGAAUGCAAUACAUAGAGAUUAAAAUAUUUUUACUUUAUACAUGCGCCUAUUAUAUGCAAAUUUAUUAAAGAAUCUGUGCAACAGAGAAUCACGUUAAUUAAUUUUCAAAAUCUAUUUUAUAUUUUAUUAAAGUAAUUUUUAUUUUCAACAAAUAUAACUAAAUAAGGAUGUAUUUA